AUGAAAGGAGCAGAGGAAAGCAGUUGGUCUGGGUCACCUGGAGUGGCUGUGCCUGCUGCUGUCAAUGGGUUCAACAACGCCAACAACUGUUCGUCUACUUCGCUAUGUGUCGUCGACUUGGUAUUCCACUAUCGGCAAAUCCGACUGGGGCUAGCAGUACCGAGCGACUUCUCGUCGGUGCUGGAGCCGCUCAAGGACACGUUUUUGAUGUCCAUAUCGUCAGCGCCGGAAACGAUCGAUCUGCAGAGCCCAGUCGAAUUGGCUUUGGCCUACAUCGAAUACCUCAUCCGCCAGCAGCAGAUUUCGCCGUCCAUCCUUGCAGCAGUGGUGCAGUCGUUUGAUCGCCACUUCUUGCUCGGGAAAAUCGACAUACAUAGUCUCAUUGUGCAAUUAACGCCCUCUCGCGAGGACCGACAUCGAUGGCUGCGCGUAUACUACCACGCAGUUGAGGCCAGUGGAGACAACUAUUCGACGCAUAAUGACAACCUGACUGGAGGAGGCCCGAGUGCAUUCUUGCGCCAUGUCCAGAGCAAACAAUUCAGGAUGAUGGCGAUCUUUGGUGGUCAAGGGGACGGUAGCCUGACCUGCAUGCAAGAACUAUCAGAUCUGUAUUCCACCUACCAGCAUAUGCUACGGCCCUUGAUUCGGGUCCUCGGGGCGCUUGUGGACCAGCUCUCUCAGGACCCGGAAAUAAGGCAUUUCUAUCAGGGACAGCACUUCAACCUGGAGGGCUGGUUGAGCGGCUUGACACAACUGCCGCCAGUGGACUUCAUUGCUAAGGCGCCCGUGAGCAUGCCGCUAAUAGGUAUCCUGAGCCUAGCGCGGUACAGUAUUGUUUGCCAUGUGCUCAAGCUCACGCCGGGCGAAUUGCGGACUUCAUUCGAGGCAACCACCGGUCAUUCCCAGGGAUUGCUAGUGUCAAUAGCCAUCUCGAUGUCAGAUUCUUGGGAGGCCUUCUAUGACAACUCCCGAUUAGCUGUGGAGGCACUUUUCUGGCUUGGGUGGGAGGCGCACUGUCGAGCCCCCAGGAGUGCGUCUCGAUUCAUCGAUCAUCAAGAUUCUCCGCAGGCGGAGGACCAGACGAGUCCUUCCUAUAUGCUCAGUGUGCGUGGCAUUGAACGCACAAAAUUGGACACCAUCCUUGUUCGUCUGAAUAAGACUGUCCAGAGCAACUCACAGCUACAUGUCGCCUUGGUCAAUUCGCGGGAUCAGUUCGUGGUAGCUGGCCCGGUCGACUCGUUGGUGCAUCUUGAUAGUUAUCUGGCGAGCAUCAAGUGCGCUGAUGACCAAAGCAAGAUUCCCUUCAGCCAGAGGAAGCCGUCCAUCCACCAUGUCUUUCUGCCAAUAAGUACUCCGUUCCACACGCCUUAUCUUAAGAAAGCGGCGGAGGAGACAAAGACACGAUUUGCAGGUCGCAGAAUCUCUUCAGGCCAAUUGAUGAUCCCUGUCUACCACACAAGCACAGGGCGAGAUCUUCGCGAGCUGGGUUACAAUGUGAACCUGCUCGAUGUAGCCAUCGACGCCAUCGCGCAUGAAACCUGCGACUGGACUAUUGCACUGGAAAAUUUGACACAGUGUUGUGACCGACCCUGUGGUAUAUCCCAUGUCUUGGUGUUCGAUCAGGGAGGCCUUGGAUCCUUGGUGAAAAAGAUGACAGAGGGCCUGGGUAUACGGAUAAUUCAAGGUGCUGAUUUGGACUCCCACGAGGCAGAGAUCGGGACUAUGCAGGACCUUUUCUCCCCUCGUCUGCUGGAUACAGCAACAAGACUGCAGACGUGGAGUCAGCGAUUCCAGCCCAAGCUCGUGGCAGGACCAACGGGUGGGCUAGAAACACGCCUCAGUCGGCUCUUGGGAACACCUCCCAUCAUGGUUGCUGGCAUGACGCCAACUACUGUCCAUUGGGAUUUUGUCUCCGCGAUUAUGAAUGCAGGAUAUCAUGUUGAGCUGGCAGGAGGAGGAUAUCAUGCCGCACCAGACAUGGAAGCUGCUAUCACCAAACUCGCCAAAGCAAUACUUCCAGGCCGAGGAAUCACUUGUAACCUCAUAUAUGCAAAUCCUCGAGCUAUGGGUUGGCAGAUUCCGCUUCUGCGGCGACUGUCGAACAAUAACAUUCCGAUUGAUGGGUUGACCAUCGGGGCUGGUGUUCCUUCUCUAGAGGUGGUGACUGACUACAUCAGGAGCUUGAAUCUGCGUCACAUCAGCUUCAAACCGGGGUCAAUAUCGGGUAUACGCCAGGUCAUUGCCAUCGCUAAGGAACAUCCUCAGUUUCCCAUUAUUCUUCAGUGGACAGGUGGCCGGGGUGGAGGUCAUCACUCUUUCGAGGACUUCCAUUCUCCCAUCCUCAGCACGUAUGGUCUCAUCCGACAGCACCAUAACAUUUAUCUUGUGGCUGGCAGCGGGUUCGGUGACGGCGAUUCAAUCUACCCGUACCUGACAGGCUCUUGGUCGACGAAUAUGGGAUAUGCUCCAAUGCCCUUCGACGGCGUGCUUCUGGGCAGCCGCAUGAUGGUUGCGCGCGAGUCUCACACAUCCCCUGCAGUCAAAGAGCUCAUCAUCAAAACAGAAGGCCUCCAAGAUUCGGAGUGGGAGAACACGUAUACUAGGGCUUCUGGAGGGAUAAUCACUGUUCGGUCCGAAAUGGGCGAACCCAUACACAAACUGGCUACCAAGGGGAUCCGCUUCUGGGCUGAAAUGGACAAGACCGUGUUCAGUCUUUCGCAAAAGGAGCGUCUACCUUAUUUGGCGAAGCACCGUAAAGAAAUCAUCCAUCGCCUCAACCGUGAUUUUGCAAAACCGUGGUUUGGGAAAAAUCGAGAUGGGGACGCGGUUGAUCUUGCAGAUAUGACCUAUCUCGAAGUCCUUACACGCAUGGUCGAAUUGAUGUAUGUGCAGCAUCAACGACGAUGGAUCGACCACAGCUACGUGGACUUGACCAUGAGGUUCGCAUUGCGUGCCCUGGAGAGGUCACAGAAUGACUGCGGCGUCACUUCCGAAAUAUCAAAAACGGCGUUGUCGGAAGAUCCAGAGGCCUUCAUACGCGCCUUUGCAAAUGCCUGUCCUGCUGCAGAUGAAGUUUUGAACCCGGAAGAUGUUUCUUUUUUUAUACUCCAGACGAAACAACCAGGGCAAAAGCCGGUCAAUUUUAUCCCGGUCUUGAAUGAAGAUUUCGAGUUCUAUUUCAAGAAAGACUCGCUGUGGCAGUCGGAGGACAUCGAUGCAGUAAUCGACCAGGAUGCCGAUCGAGUGUGUAUACUCCAUGGUCCAGUGGCGGCUCCAUAUUCAAAGACCGGCGAGGACACGGCCAAAGACAUCUUGGACACUAUCACUCAAUCACUGGUUGAUCGCAUUCAGCAGGACCUGUUGCCAAUGGAGUUUGCGACUCCCCCGGAAAGUGGCCUGGUGACGCCCGACUCCUGGUCGAGUGUUUCCGCUGCUGGGAAGGACGUCUUCACAGAAGAGAUGUCCCUCCCGUCAUCGGUGACGCUCUCUGAUUCCAACGAUGAUAGUCCGUCCUUCUCCGGUGUUGUCAGUCUCGGGAAUUGCCGUAUGGCCCCUGUGUGGGUGCGUGCUAUUCUGGGCGACGAGAACAUAAUCCAGAAUCGAGUGCGCCGGAGUAACCCAUUUCGUCAAUUCAUCGAGUCCUACCCUGAGGCCAAAGUGCACUUCAACCCUGACCGAUCUGAAAUUUUGAUCCUGCAUCAGGGACCACAUGCGGCCACGUCCUCGUUAAACAUAACGUCCCAUAACGGAGUGGAUAUAACGAUGGAACUUCAUACGCAGAGCGCGCCGGUCCCAUUACAGUUGUUUUAUCAGUUCGAUCCGAGCCGCAGUCCAUUCGGGUUGAGUGAAGUCAUGAAACAUCGUAAUGAGCGCAUCAAAUCCUUCUAUAGCAACUUGUGGUUCGGGGAGCAUGCCAACCCUCAGAUGACCGUCCAUGACAAGUACUACGGACGUGAAAUGACACUCACCACUGGACUUCUCGAGAGCUUUGUUGAAGUGACAGGAGCAGCUUUGCCCAACCAUCGCGUGAUGUUUGCAGAUACUGAUACACUGCCUAUAAGCAUAGGCAUUGUUCUAGCCUGGGAAGUGAUUUCCCGCCCCCUAGUCAUUCAUGGGAUUGAGGGAGAUCUGCUCAAAUUGGUCCACCUCUCAAAUACGUUCGAGUACUGUUCGGGAGCAACACCGCUGAGGGUGGGUGACAGAGUCACUUCGCAUUCUCAAGUUCAGAGCAUUACAGUUGGGGAGGCAGGAAAGACUGUCACGGUGGAGGCACAAAUCUUGCGUGCAGGAACACCUGUAUUGAAAGUCAUCUCCUCCUUCCUAUUCAGAGGCUCCUUCCAGCAGGGCGCUGCAGCCUUCAGCCAUACCACGGAAUCAGUAUGGAAACUCGAGCUGUCAUCCGAGCUGGACGAGGCCGUGCUCCGCAAUCAAGAAUGGUUCCAGCUAAGCGAAGAUGCACCAUCACUGGCGGGCCGGUUGGUUGUCUUCAACCUGGAGACACAUGUCACCUACAAACAAGGGGGACUUAUGAGCCUCCAUGUCAGCGGAAAUGUCUCCUGUCAGGUUCAUGGUCAUGAGUGGGGCGAAGUUGGCUUGGUCAACUUCAGGUGCAGUGACUGCAUAGGCAAUCCGGUCCUGGACUUUCUCGCGCGCAGAGGAACGCUCGGAGACACGCGAACGGACUUUAAGGUGACCGGCUGGUCCGGUCCAUCAUCCAUGGAAGUUCAGAUGCCCGCCAGCAACCAGCCGUACGCUGAUAUAUCCAAGGACUACAACCCAAUCCAUGUAUCACCUAUCUUCUCCACGAUAGCUCAGCUACCUGGCACUUUGUCUCAUGGGAUGUUCACUUCCGCAGUUAGUGCUGCAGCGUUGGAGCAUCUUGUCUUUCCGGAAGACCGAGGGAGAUUGCGGAAAUUCCAGGCGAGUUUCACGGGGAUGGUGUUCCCCAAUGAGAAACUGGUGAUACAGUUGAAGCACACGGGCAUGAUCGAUGGCCGAAUGAACUUCACUGUCGACGUGACUCGAAAAGAGAACGCAGAGACGGUCCUUGUCGCACAGGCCGAGAUAGAACAGCCUGCGACCGCUUACCUGUUUACUGGUCAGGGAAGCCAGAGCAAAGGAAUGGGCAUGGAUCUAUAUGGCUCAAGCCCGGUGGCGAAAGCAGUGUGGGACGAAAUAGACCGGAAUCUAUAUGAGACAUACGGCUGGUCGGUUCUUGACAUUGUGCAAAAUAACCCCAAGAGCCACACUGUACACUUUGGGGGGCAUCGGGGUCGCAAAAUAAGGCAGAACUAUCUUUCGAUCACGACGGAGACGGUGUCUCCCGAUGGUAGUAUCAGCCAGCAACCAGUCCUAGCAGGACUCACACCAGAGUCAACAUCGUAUACCUUUACCGAUCCUCGUGGGCUGCUGUAUUCAACGCAAUUCGCACAACCCGCCAUUCUCACGUUUGAGGCAGCGGUGUUUGCCGAGCUCCGUGCUGGCGGGUAUGUAUCACCAAACGCAGUGUAUGCUGGACAUUCUCUGGGUGAAUACGGUGCUCUGUCAGCCUUGUCUCAGGGCAUUCCCAUAAGCUCGCUGGCAGAGUUGGCGUUCUACCGCGGACUAAUGAUGCAAGCAUCUGUGGCUGGCCAUAAUGAAGGGAAGGGGGCAUUUGGCAUGAUUGCGGCAGCUCUCGAUCAAGUCGUCCGCAUCAUUGCCUCCAAGAGCGGAGAACUGCUCGAGAUUGUGAAUUUCAAUGUGGAUGGCGAGCAGUAUGUCUGUUCUGGCACUAUAACCAACUUGUAUGUCCUGGGAAAGCUCCUGGACCACCUCGCGGACUGUCCCGAUGGCGCUGAACUGGUCGUUGGAAUUGCGGACGCGUCAGAUCUGCACAAAAUGAUCGGCGAUUUGUUUGGCGGUGCCAACGUUCUUCCGUGUCCGGUGGAGCUUCAACGCGGCAGAGCAACAAUCCCCCUCCAGGGCAUCGAUGUGCCUUUCCACUCCAGUCACCUCCGUUCCACCGUGGAUCGGUUCCGCCAGUGUCUUCUGAAGCCUGGUUUUCUGGAAGGCAAUGUGAAUGUGGAGGAGCUGGUUGACAGAUAUAUCCCCAACUUGAUCGCCAGGCCGUUUUCGGUGGACCCCGACUAUAUAAGGGAGGCGUAUGAGUUGACACGGAGUCCAGUGCUGGCUGAAAUGUUGGGAGUUUGA